UCUUCACUGCGGACUGGGCAUAUGGGAGGACGAAAGAUGUGGAUGUGGUUUCACACGCAAGUGAACGACACUCUCCUCUUCAAGGAUUGGUGGAUUCAGGAUGCUGAAACACUAACGAAAAUACCAAGAAUCUGA